AUGGUAAUGAAAUUUGAAGAAAUCGGAUCACUUCGGACUUUUUCAUUUAUCGGCAACACUGGCAAGAAUAGCGGCCUUUUCAAGUUCCAAUGUCAAGAUGUCAAUGACAUGGACAAGAACGACUACGACGUCAGCAGACACUUUUCGUUCUUCUGCAAGUUACAAAGGCUGUGGUCGCGUCAGAGAAAAAUGACGAAAAUAGUGUGCGUGGCCCUAGUGGGACUUCUAGGAUUGUUCGCUUUGGUUAAUGCGGGUAGUCAGGAGGGAGCAAAAAAAGGACCCAAAGUCACUGAGAAGGUUUGGUUUGACAUCACAAUCGGCGGGGAGGCAGCCGGCCGCCUCGAAGUCGGCCUCUUUGGCAACACCGUUCCGAAAACGGCCGAGAACUUCAAACAGCUCGCCCUAAAGCCUGCCGGCGAAGGCUACAAAGGCAGCAAGUUUCACCGAGUCAUCAAAGAGUUCAUGAUCCAAGGCGGCGAUUUCACCAGAGGUGACGGCACCGGAGGACGUUCAAUUUACGGCGAACGUUUCGCCGACGAGAACUUCAAACUGAAACAUUACGGAGCUGGAUGGUUGUCGAUGGCAAAUGCUGGAAAAGACACAAACGGUUCGCAGUUUUUUAUAACUACCAAAGCAACUAGCUGGUUGGAUAACCGUCAUGUAGUUUUUGGAAAAAUUCUGAAAGGGAUGGAUGUUGUUAGAAGGAUAGAGUCCACAGAAACUGACAGCAGAGAUAAACCAAUCAAAGACGUCAUAAUUGCAGACUGUGGUGUUGAAAGCGUUCCAGAACCUUUCAGCGUGUCGAAAGAAGAUGCUAGGGAUUGAAGUGAUAGGUACUCUCCCAUUUUUUAAUGGAAGCCAGUGUCUUUUUUGUACUACUACUUGUAAUAAAUAAAUUGAAUUUUACUUAUAAAAUGAA